AUAGAUAACCCCUACAACAUCAUUUUAUUUACCAUCCUACCCUUAUAUCCGAUCUAUAAAUCCAGCCCUUGAGAAUCGCUAGGUUUGCCAAACCAGCUAGCCUACGAAGCCUUUAGGAUGUGAAUUCCUCAAAAAGCCCCUCUUCUUCUGCGUUUUCUCUCCUGUCUUCGUCUUCCUCCUCUUUCUCUUCACCUGGAAGAUGCCUACGGGCUCGCGAUCAAGAAGAUCUAGCGGACAAGUUCAACAUUCCCAUUCAACUCGUGGAAGAUUUCAAAACCCUCAUACAUCGUCUUCAUCGUCCUCUGCAUUUGCUUCUUCAACUAGCUCCAGUUUCUGUUCCCCACCUACUGCUUUUUUUCAUGAUACCCACCAUAGAUCAAGCUCCCCUACUCGCGUUAAUCUUUAUACGACUUCGUAUUCUAAUUCUAAUUCUAAUUCCUUUCGCUUUUCUAUAGGUAGAUCUAGUUCUCCUAGCCGUUCGAUACCCAAGCAGAAUCACCCGAUCUCUCUCCCUAAGAAGACUUGUAUGUGUUCUCCAACUACGCAUCCAGGGUCAUUUCGGUGUAGUCUACACAAAAAUACUCGUACUCGCAAUCACGGAAGUGGUUCAGCACCGUAUACGCCUAACCGUCUGAACAUGAUGCGAUCAGCGAUGAAGAAUUCACUCGUUAGAAUUGGUGGCGUUGAGGGUGAAUGGGUGAAGAGAGCGUUGACGGCGUUGAUUCGGCCGUCUUCACAUCAGCAAAGACGUAGAGCUGAUUUCAAGCCAAAGCCAAGCCGGCUUUCGGUUAUGUCGAAAGCCGAAAGCCUGUGAUAUCUGAUUCUGCUUUGAGCUACGGUUGGUUAUUGUUUUAUCGUUUUGUCAUCAGAUUCCGGCAACAUAUGCUAAGAUUCCGGCGACGGUGUGCGUAGCUGAGUCAGAAACAGAAUCGAAUCGGACCGGACGUGUUUCGGUUGAUCUGCUAAGGUACCGUCUCGAAUCGGAGACGAAUGGAGUUUGAUGUUUGAAUUUAGCGUCGACGGGUUUUGUAACCAGGGACUCGGGAGGGUAGAGUUUUUUGUGGGACACAGAUUUGCAAAUCCUUUGUAAAUAAAUCUAAAAUUAAAAGUAAAAUUCAACCGUCUGGUUUGAAA